AUGGAUUCGCAGGUCGAUGUGUUAGGUGAAGGUAAGGACCGAGUCCAAAUCGCUGGAAAUGGAAGUGCUGAUGAUGAUGAUGUUGUUGUUGAUGAUGAUGAUGAUGAUGAUGAUGAUGAUGAUGAUGAUGAUGAUGAUGAUGAUGAUGAUGAUGAUGAUGAUGAUGAUGAUGAUGAUGAUGAUGAUGAUGAUGAUGAUGAUGAUGAUGAUGAUGAUGAUGAUGAUGAUGAUGAUGAUGAUGAUGAUGGUAACAGGUGA